ACCGCAUAUGCGCCACCGUCCGCGCGGCGCGGGCUCCCCGGGCAGACGCGGGAGCUUGAAAUAACCGAUAUAUAUAUAUAUACACACACACUAGAACCACGAAUGACGGAGGACGGGACGACAACUGCCCUGAAAUAGAAUGCACGCGCUGCCACGCCAGCUGGCGGAGCACGUGCAGAAGAAAUCCAGAGGACGGAGAACAAACUGCCUUAACACACAAUGCACGCGCUGUCACGCCGGGUGGUGGAGCACUUGCAGGAAGAUCGAAGAAAAACGGACGAAGGAGGAACACAGCCGUGCUAUAAAAUGCACGCGCUGACACGCCAACUGGCGGAGCAUGUGCAGGACGACGGAGCGGUAACGGAACACGGAGAGAAAACCGCCUUGAAACGGCAUGCGCGCGCUGUCACGCCGGCUAGCGGAGCACGUGCCUCCUUAUGCAUUGUGUCAGCAGCUGCGACCUCAAGUUGAAGCCACCACUGGCGAGGCGACCAGCGCGUCACAGCUGCUGUGCGAGAGCACAACAGCUCGGGAAGCAGCUCCGUGGGCGAUCCUGACAGAGGGUGACCGCACUCCCGCGACGGGAUGGCCACCGCGCAACCCGAGCACGACCCAGGUGCGCACGCAGCUGUGCCGACAGCUGGAAAGAGAGAGAGAGAGAGAGAGAGAGCACGGGCGCGGGCGCGAAGAAGACGCUCCGCGGCAGAGCUGCGCGCACAGGUGCCCGGGGGGGGGCUCCACGAGGAAAGCCUCCGAACAGAGACCCGCCACGUCGAGAGCAAGAGAGGCUUGAGUCAAGCCUCUCUUAAAUCAGGGCCGAAUCAGAGUUCAAUCGGAG